GUCUUAUAGCGCCAUCUUGCGGAAAGCGUGGAGACUUAGUAAACAUUAUAAAACUAUUAGUUUAGCAAAAUAAUGCCUCCUAAAAAAGGUGGUCGAGGCAGGGGAAGAGGCCGAGCAAAGAAAAAGGUGGAAGAAGAAGUUGUAGAAGAAGUGGAACAGACAGACGAGAGCAGUCAGGAUGAAUCCACAAAUGCUGACACCUCCUUGGUGUCAGACAAUGACGCCUCCAUGGAUGCAACAGAGCAGCCUGCCUCUGAAAGCGAGGAACCAGAAACUGUAGCCGAGGAGCAGAAGGAAGAGGAAAAACAGGAAAAUGGCACGCAGGAACAGAGCAAGGAUGGGGAGGAGAGUCAGGAUGCCCCUAGUGUGGAUGAGGACACCCCAAGCAUGGAUGAGGAAACUGAUGCAUCAGUGAGCAGCACAGGGAAGCGCAAGGCUGAGGAGGAUAGUACGGAGGAGGGAAGCACCAACAAAAAGGCAAAAACUGAGGAGGAGGAGGAUGACCCUGACAGGCCCAUAACUCUGUUCUGUGGCAACCUGGAUCCGGACUUGAGCGGUGACACCCUUAAAGAAUUCUUUGAAGCCAAUGAUGUGGAAGUCCACAACCCAAGGAAGAUUGGGUUUAAGAGGUUUGGCUAUGUUGAUGUGCUACCCAAAGACUUGGAAAAGGCUUUAGAAGUGAAUGGCAAGGAGUUGAAUGGGGAACCAAUCAGAAUUGACCGUUCCAAGCCCAAGGGCGGGACUGAGACUGCCAAUGAUGGCCGUAUGCAGGGAGGUGACUCAAAAACGUUGUUUGUGAAGAACCUGAAGGAGACAGUAACAGAGGAUCAGCUGAGAGAGUUCUUCACUGGGGAGACCAUCACAGAGAUCCGCCUGCCCAAGAAGAGGGACGGCCUUUGUAAGGGGUUUGGUUAUGUGGUGUUUGACACUGAGGAGACUUUAGAGAGGAUGAUGAAGGAGAAACAAAACCAGGAACUUGAUGGGGAGACAGUCUUCCUUGACUACACAGACCAGAAGUCACAACACGCAGGGGGAGGAGGGAAGUCCAAGGAGUUUGGCCCAUCCAAGGUAUUGUUUGUGCGUAACUUGGCGUUCCAAGUGACCGAAGAUGAGCUCAAGGAAAUAUUUGACGGCUGUAAGGCCUGUCGCAUACCCCCUAAUGAGUAUGGACAGUCCAAGGGGUUUGGGUUUGUGGAGUUUGAGACUCAAGAGACAGCCGAGAAAGCAAAGGCAGACAAGGAUGGCCUUGAGAUUCAUGGGAGGGAAGUCCAGCUAGCCUUCGCAAACGACAAACCUGGCGGCAUGUCUGGUGCUACUGCCAGGGGAGGAGGUUAUGGAGGAGGAGGCCAGCGUGGGGGUCGAGGUGGUGGAUGGGAGGCGGCUGGGGUCGAGGAGGAGGAGGUGGUAACUGGCGAGGAGGUGGUGGUGGAGGCUGGGGGAGAGGAGGAGGCGGCGGAUUUGGAGGUGGUCGUGGUGGCGGUGGUGGCAAUUGGGGAUUCCGUGGUGGUCGAGGAGGGGGCGGGGGCCGUGGGUUCCGAGGAGGGAGAGGACGAUGGUAAACCACUUCAAUGGGGCAGCCCUCUCUGCAGCUACAUGUUGUGUCUUCACAGUGUUAUUUGUUGUUCAUUGUAUCAAGAUACAGAAAAUGUCUGUUCAUACUAGAUUUUUAAACUUUGCAGCAUGUUUUAAUGUUCUUUUAUUAAUAGUGUGUUUAAAUUAGGAAAUUUAAGUGAAAAAAAACAAGUUGUCAGACUGGAAUAUUGAAAAUGCAGUUCUCGAAAGUUGUGCAAGAUGCAAAUAUGAUCAUGUGAAGAAUUUUAUGGAUAAUGAACAUUAUAAUAAACACAGGCAUAUUUUCUGCAGGGAAAAGGUCUAGAUGGAACAUUUGUCGAAUCUUCAUUGUCAUUUGUAUUUGUCUGUUAUUUGUAAAGAAGUUAGCAUGCACAUACAGCUGCUGACUAAUUAAGGAAGAAAACAAUGGACUAACUGUUGUAAACAGUGUUUAUAGUAAAAUCAUGAUCACCAACUCAUCUCAUUGUCAUUCAUUUUCCACUUCUUGAUUUUCUGUUAAAAAUAACUGUAUUUGAAAUUAAGGAAACUAAUAUGUUUAAAUUUUAUAACUAUCACGAUUAAAUUCAUUUUGUUGAAACUUGAUCGAAGUUUAUUUGUAAAUUCAUGUACAUGUAAAAUGAUGCGUUUACUGUUUUUAAAUGAACUUUUUUUACUACCAUGAAAUCUUUUGUUAAAAUUACUUGUUGAUCAAAAUCACGGGUUCUUUUAAUUAUUCUGUGAAAAUGAAAUAUGAUUUAAAACUCUGUAUUUAUAAUAUUCAAUAAUGUAAUAAUACUGCAGAGUGCAAUGCCAGCUAGAGUUCAUUAAUGAUUCUUUAUAAUAUGAAUUCUAUAAAUGUUAACAUUACAUUUUAUUUUUUGCAAUUUUAUACAACAUUAAAUCAUUAGAAUGUA